AUGACCGUGGCCGUCACGGCACAGAAGACGCCGCGGCCUUUACCGAAGUCAACAGACAACAUUGGAAUCGCCACAUCAUAUACAUCUCAAGAAUGGCAACGGGAACUGGUCAACAAAGUCACCGCGUUCGUGCAGUCAAAUAUUUCGUUCAUCGGCGUCGACUUCCUCGACCCUUCGUCGACGUUCGAAAAGCCAUCGCCAUCGUCAUCAUCAUCACCGUCCACGACCCAACCUCGGAGUGUCCGCGUGCUGGACUACGCCUGUGGCCCGGGGACCAUGACGGCCAUCCUGGCCGGUCGAGCCAGCGAGUUUGUCGGCGUCGACCUGUCCGAGAACAUGGUGCAGGCUUACAAUUCAAGAUUCGCGGAUACUACCGAUCCCGAAAGCGACGCUCCUACGACGACCACCAGCCAAGAGGAUGAACGUAUCAACGCCCACGCCGUCGUGGGGAACUUGUUAACCACGACCACGACCACCACCACCACCGGUGGCGAAGACAGUGCCGCCGCGCUCGCCGGUCCACAAUUUUACGACUUUGACCUCGCGGUCGUGGGGUUGGGGUUCCACCACUUCGCGGACAUUCGACUGGCGACGCGGCGGCUGGUCGAGAGACUGAAGCCAGGCGGCGUGUUCAUGAUUGUCGACUUUGUCACGCACGCCAUGGAGGCCGAGGAAUCUCCCGAACUCAAGGAGUCGGUCAACACCAUCAGCCACCAUGGCUUCAGCGAGGGGGAGCUGCGCGCCGUGUUCGCAGAGGCCGGGUUGGACGAGUUCGCACUGGUGAGAAUGGGCGACCACGUCACGGUGAGGGGGUCGUCGAAGAGGGAGCCGUUCAUGGCGAGGGGGAGGAAAGUGUAG